AUGGACCCAGCGCUCGUCCAGAGGACGGUGGGGAUUUUUGUCAUAUUCCUCGUGACAGCUGGAGGUGUUAAGGUAAACAGAGUCACUCCCAAUCAUGGGAGUCUUUGUGGAGAGACAAGACUUCUCAUCACCGGGACGGGCUUCUCCAGGGACAACAUUAACGAGGGCAACAAGGUGCGCCUGGUGUCCUCCUCAACAUCCUACGACUGCCCGGUCCUCAAGGACGGAACCACGGAGGAGGACAUCACCUGCUAUACACCACCUGGGAUGAAGGAGGAUAAUUAUUAUGUCAGGCUGAAUGUAGACGGGAAUGACAUACCAGUCGGGGACCAUUGUCGCUCCGCCUCAGACUGGCGAUGUAGAGUCACUAUAAGGUCACACAAUACUCCCACGAUAACCUCAGUUGAACCUCGCUCUGGCCCUCCGGAGAGUAUUAUCAAAAUCGAGGGUAGAAUCGUCACCGACAGGUUCGACACCAACGUGGAGAAAGCCUUAAAUGGGAGAACAGAGAAAAUAGCCCGAGUGUAUGCUGGGCCUCAGCUUUGUAGCCUUAAGGCAGAAAAUGAUGUUUUUUAUGGAAAAGCACUGAACAAUGAGAAUACCUGGAAUGGAUACAUGAAGUGCAAAAUGAAUGGAAAAUUUGUUGGGAACCAAAAUGUGAGCUACAUUAUAAGUGGAUCAUUUGGCAGAUCUUGUAGACCCAAAUCUCUGUUACUCAGCCGAACAAAACAACUGUACUUGUUCCAGACUUACGCUGAGGUAACUUCUGUAUCGCCCAGUGUCGGCAGUAUCCAUGGCGAUACCAUGGUAACCAUAACAGGAAAGAACUUUGACCAAACAAGAUCUCCAGCAAAAGUAAAAAUAUCAGGUCAAGAUUGUGAUGUGAAGUCAGUGACAGAAACACAGAUAACAUGUCUGACACCUCCCAAACCAGCCACUCUCCACAGCAAACUCCCAGGGAACCGUGGGUUAUGGUUGGAAGUUUGGAAUUCGACAAGUAGACAUUUCGAUCGAAUUCAUGAAGUUUUAACAUUCAACAAGAGUUACCCUGACUACUCUAGAUCGCACAUAGACAAUACCGAUUUUGAUUACAAUUUACAUAACAACUAUGUCAACAGACUGAGUGGGUUUUUUAUUCCCCCCUGGACGGGACAUUACUCGUUUGCCAUCAGGGCUGAUGAUGUAGGACAGCUCUACUUUAGUAACACCACUGACCCAGGAAAUCUGGUAAAAAUUGCUGAAUGCAAGAGAUAUGUUACAACAUUUACAAGAUGGCCAGAGCAAAUGUCUGAAAAGUUUACACUAAAAGCAGGAGAAGCAUAUCACAUGGUGAUAGUACACAGAGACUACUCCGGCCCCGAGAGAAUAAGAGUUGCUGCCCGCUACUACCAAACUGAGCUGACCAAUCAGAGCACAGCUUAUGCUAAGCAGGAGCACCAGAAGAUAGAAGUGAGGUCAACUGUUAUCAGAGAGGUACAGAACAUUUCAUUGGUCACUGAAAGUGCUCAGACAGGAGUGAAUGAGGUCCAGAAGGUACAGAUCUGUGAUACUGCUCAGAGUGGAGCUCAGCUGAUGUUUAGACUGGGGCUUUAUAACGUAUACACAGAUAUCCUGACCUCUCAAAGUUCAGUCAGUGAAAUCAGAAAUGCUUUGAAAUCUCUGCCGAUUUUUGACUCACAUGAGUCGGUAAAUCUCAUCAAUAAAACAAUGAGUUCUGGCUGCUUGAUCAUUUUUGUGGAGUUCAUGUCAAAAAGAGGUGAUUUUGAGGAUUUGAAGGUUGUUAUGAAGGGGACAGGGGUGAUGGUGAAUAUUUCUGUACAGGAAGUCCAGGCAGGGGAGCCUACUGGGGAAUACAUUGCCUUAAGUAUGGCAGGAGUUAUCUCCCCUUUGUUUUCUGGAAAGCCAAGCAAAUCACAGAUGGAAGAGGGCCUAGGUCAGAUAUUCAUGAGUCGUUGUCCCAACGCCCUGGGUAAUCCUACCAGUAAAGCUCUCCAUUACGGCUUUGAGUUGGACGUCCGGCCCAAUGGGAUGUCAGUAGGCACUGUUGUAUCAGACGUAGAGGCUUUUUGUGGAAAGAAAUGUGUCAGAAGUCCUAAUUUCCUGUACAAUGACAAGAAUAACCCCAUCUCUCUAGGACAAAGUGUCAAAGUGGUUUGCUUUGCUUACCUUGGCAAGCUACAGAAUUUUUUCAAGCUUGGAUAUACCUACAGAAACAGUAAAGGACAAACAAUCAGUAACCAGUAUGCUUAUCCUUCCACUACAUUCCAACAAUCACCUGGGUGGAACUACAAGUGUAUUGACAUGCUGGCUGUUGUACAAGAUGGCAAGGUAGGAACAAGCUUCAAGAUCUUCCUGAUCGAGGUCAGGAGAGAUGACUCGGAGGACUUCUAUUACGUGGAUGAAAUCUAUGUCGGAAGGGAGCCCACCAACUUAGAUGAAGCUAGUGUCAACCUAAUGAGGUUAAGACCCGCCAUGCCAUCUGGUGGGUUGGUCAGCCAUGUAAAUGUGGCCCGGUCUGACAGAAAUGACAGCACUGAGUACCAAGUGGAGUUUAUACCCCAUGCCUGCGCUUACAACUUCCCUUUACUGGCUGCAGUACCUGGACAGAUUUCUAAUGGAACAAUGUUAAGCAUCUCUCAGGUGUCAGCAGCUUCUCCACCAGUAACUGGCAACUUCUCUGUGACUUUCCAGAAUAAAACACUGGAUGGUAUCCCGUUCACUAUUGAUGGGACGGGGCUUGCGGCUCUCUUACAGUCAGGUCUUCCAGAGAUGGGGAAUCUGUACACAUACAAACAUGGGGGAUGUGCUGCAUUUGACUUAAAUAUUGGAUUCCACUCCAGAGCAGGAGACCAGGAAACCAUACAGGUCACCAGUUAUGCAGAAGGAGAAAAUGUGACUGCAGAAGUCACCACGGUUACAGAUGGCAAUGUAUGGCUGAACCCCAUACCUGGAGACAUGCUGGCAACACUGGAAGAUAAACCCUCAGUCAUGGCAUACAUUAAUGAUAUCCCCACAAAAUGUUCAGGGAGCUGCUCCUGGGAGUGGUCAGAAUCGGCCACACCCACCAUCAUCUCAGUCUCCCCCAGCACAGGCUUCCCGACAACCACACUGAUCACAAUAAAUGGCACAGGAUUCCAUGGCAACCACAGUCUGAACUCUGUCAUGAUUGGUGGAGUGCAGUGUGUGACUGUAUCAUCCAACAAUACAGAGAUCGUAUGUAGGGUGGGGGACGGACCCACGGGGACGUAUCCUGUGAUGGUCAGUGUAGCGGGGCUGGGAAAUGCUGAGAACACCAAUAACAGUGUGACAUUCAGCUAUCAGUUCAGCAUCCAGUCAAUGGCACCGAGUUCUGUCUCACUGGGUGGUGGUUUGAAUCUGACCCUGGGAGGGUAUGGAUUUUCCUCCAAAGACAUGGUGUAUGUGGGAGAUGUGAUAUGUCCCAUAAUUUCAAGUACCUCAACCCAGACUGUGUGUCUAAUACCCCCUUCUUCAGAGGAUAAAAAUGCCAGCGUUGUAGUUGAGCAGGGUUACACGGGUCUCAAUGUUACCCAUUCAGAGGCCCUGCUGUACUCCAGUACAGAUAUGAUCAUAGUCACCUCCGUGGAACCCAACUCCACUUUUGUAGCAGGAGGGACUGAGAUAACAAUACAAGGGGAGGGACUGAACCAAACGGAGUCUAUAAUGAUAGGAUACAAGCCUGUCAACCCUACAAACUCCUCCGACACCGAGAUUAAACUUGUAGUACCCUCCAUGCCUGCAGGGGAGUACCCCAUCAAACUCUUAGGUGCCACGGGAUUAGCUGUAGACAGAAGUACAAACUCACUGCCCUCAAUGGAGUGGAGGUUGGUGGUGUCUGGUGUAACUCCCCUGAUGGGGUCACUUAGAGGGGGGACCACCCUCACCAUCACCGGGGACGGAUUUUCCCCCAAUAAGACCAGGAACUCUGUGAUGGUGGGCGCCCACGUCUGUGACAUACAGAGUUCCACCGUAUCAGAACUGACAUGUCAGAUCACAGACACAGCCAGGGUACAUUCUGUGGACAACUCAGGCAUCCAUCCUUCGUUUCAGCUGAGUGGGUAUGCCUGGAAUCCCCAGUAUCUGACCGUUAAGGUGGGGGACACCGUGGAGUGGACCUGGAGCUUUGCUUCCUACAUCUCGGGGAUGCGACCUCGGGUCGUACAGGUCAAGGACGAGAGUUCCGAGGAGGAGGUGGAGGGUGGAUUUAACAGUGGAGCACCUAGUGACUCCGGGGUUUUCCGACAUCAGUUCACAGUCCCUGGGAAGUACUGCUAUUGGAGUGACUAUAUUGACCAGUACAAGACUACAUGGUUCAGAGGCUGCAUCACAGUGGAGGAUCUAAGUUCUUACGUGGCAGAAGUCAAGGUCAAGGUUAAUGGAUAUGAAGCUCUAUAUCAGAAAAUUACACCUUCAGCUCCCCUGCCCGCUGGUGCCCCGGGUGGUGUAUGUAUGGGGGACUCCUCUCCCUUAUCUAACUGCUCUGUACCUCAGCCUACAGGGGGAGAUCCCUCCAAGUUUUACUUUAAAUUCUGGACGUGCACCACUCCAAUCGUUACAGCGCUGUCUGAAAGUAAUGGCACAGUAAAUACAAACAUUACCGUACAAGGUACAGGGUUCUCCAAUAAUGACUGCCAGAAUGAGAUCAGUUUUGGAGAUGGGAAAUGUGUCGAUGACAAAGACAGUGGUCCUGAUGUGGUCUGUAAUAUUGACAGUGCUAAUUCUCCUUCUAUUGGAGUCCUUCAACCAAUCACAGUGAGGCAUAAUAACCUUGGAUAUGCUGUAGUGGCCAUUACAGGUUUGAGGUCUAGGUCAUUUGCCUUGAUUCCAGUGGUGACUAAGGUUAUGCCCUCUAUGGGUUCACUCAUAGGUGGAUCAAUUGUUAUGAUCCAUGGAUCUGGGUUUUCCACAAUGAUGGAUUAUGUGUCAGUUACCAUUGGAGGGUACACUUGUGAUGUAACAAAUAUGACUUACACUGAGAUUAAGUGUCGAACAAAAGGAGGUCAAGGUGAACAAAAUCUGGAGGUCAGGGUCAAGUCAUCUCUAGGUCAGUGGGUCCCAGCUGUAUGUGAAGGUGAAUGUAAAUUUACAUAUGAUGCUGAUUAUACCCCUACUUUGACCUCUAUAUCACCAAAUAUGGUUAAUGGAACUGAAGAGACAACAGUAACUAUUGAAGGAUCAGGUUUUGGGAAUGAAACAUCUGAUAUUUUUGUGAAGAUAGGAGGAGAGACAUGUCAGGUGGUAUCUGUGUCUAAUUCCUCUGUAGAGUGUAUGCUGGGUAAUCUGCCGGCGGGGCCAAAUAAUCAGGUGGUGCUGGAGGUGCUGGGGCGGGGCCUGGCCAGUGGAAACUUGAUGAUGACGGGGGCAGGGAUAAUCACCGACAUUUCCCCUGCAGAGGGGAGCAUUCAUGGUGGCACUGUUAUCCACAUUUCUGGAAAUGGGUUUAUAGAUAAGCUUACAACAGUUACAGUGAAAGGCAACCCAUGUCCCAUUGUGAACUUAAAUUUAUCCUCUAUCAGUUGUAUUACACCUCCAACUAACAGCGAGGAAACUGUCCAGGUCAGAGUAACAUCCAAUCAAAUUUCCUACCCAGCAGUCAACUUUAACUACAGUAACCAGGCAUCUCCAAACAUUUCAUACAUCAGUCCAACCAAUGGGUCUGCAGGCACCGAGGUUACCCUAACUGGGGUUAACUUUGAUAGUCAGAUGGAGAAAAUCACUGUCAGUAUAGGCAGUAAUGAGUGUUCCGUCAUUUCCUCGUCUGAGACGGAGAUAAAGUGUACAGCAGGCCCCAGUCUGGUGGGCAUGUUUCCAGUGAUGGUUCAUGUACAGGGGAAGGGAAAGUCCAACCAAGACUCAAGCUUUGAAUAUGAACUCCUCCUGACGUCCAUUUCGCCUAACACAGGAGGAAUUGUUGGUGAUCAGUUGGUGACUGUAUCGGGAUCCGGAUUUGAUAAUAACACCUCUGUCUGGAUCUGUGACAGAAGAUGUGACAGUGUCAAUCAGACAGCCUCUGAGUACAAAUGUAGAACACCAGCACCUGCAGAUGGAAACUAUACCUGCACCGUGAAGGUGACCAAUAACGGUGUAACCAGGAUGCUGAGUGACGCCUACACUUAUGAUGCUGCCCUGACUGCUAAUGUUACCAUGGUAACCCCAGCCAGAGGGGGCACAGCAGGGGGAACCACACUGACAAUCCAAGGGACAGGAUUUGGAUCUGUUAUGGCUGAUGUAUCGGUCUCCAUCGCUGGGACGGUCUGUGAUGUCCAAACUGUGACCCCCACCGAGAUUACCUGUGUCACAAAUCAGCACACAGGGUCCCAGAAAGCUCUGGUCAGGGUAGAGGUGGCAGGGAAUGGAAAAGCUGUACAGACAUCAGCGGAAUUUUUCUACAUUGAUGUGUGGUCGUCUCCCUUUACCUGGGGAGGAGGCCCCCUACCAAAGGAGGACGAUUUUGUUGUCAUCACCGCUGGACAAACCAUCCUCCUAGAUGUCAGUACCCCCAAACUAAGAGUGUUGCUAAUUCAAGGUGGAACACUUAUAUUUGAUGAAAAAGAUUUAGAAUUGAAAGCUGUAAACAUUCUCAUUUUGCAGAAUGGGCUUUUACAAGCAAGCGUGAAUUCUACCAUUGUUCUGAGAGAAGCUGUCACAUGGAAAGCUGGGGACAAAGUCGUCAUAGCAACAACGAGCCACAGACAUUCUCAAAAGGAGACAGAGUUGCGAGUCAUUCAGUCUGUCGCCAGUGACAACAGAACUAUAACCUUGACAGAACCACUGAAGUACGAGCAUCUGGGGGUCACUGAAACGUUUGAUGGGACGGACGUGGAUUUCCGAGCGGAGGUGGGAAUGCUCUCUAGGAAUAUCAUUGUGAGGGGAGACAGUAAUCCGGAGUUUGUGGAGAAAAUAGAAGCUUGUCCUGAUGGAUUUGAUACUGGGGAGUUUGCAACUCAGACUUGUUUCCAGGGUCGGUUUGGAGAGGAGAUGGGAAGUGACCAGUUUGGGGCCCAGAUCAUGAUCCACUCCCCGGAACAGAGUGGGAGUAUGUCACAUGCUCGCCUGGAAUAUGUGGAGGUGACUCACGCUGGUCAGGCCUUCAGACUGGGGAGAUAUCCAAUUCACUUCCAUCUGAAUGGUGAUACCAAUGGGUCCUAUGUUAGAGGCUGUGGAAUCUACAACACGUUCAACAGAGCGAUCAAUAUUCACGGAUCACACAACGUCCUUGUGGAACACAAUGUGGCGUACAAUGUGAUGGGAGGAGCCUUUUUCUUUGAGGAUGGAAUAGAAACUGGCAGCACUGUACAAUACAAUUUGUUAAUGUUUGUGAGGGAGUCCAGCAGCCUCCAGAAUGAUGAUGUCACACCAGCAGCCUAUUGGGUGACUAAUCCAGAUAACACCAUUCAGCAUAACCGAGCAGUGGGUGGCACACAUUUUGGAUUUUGGUACAGAAUGCAUGUUCAUCCAGACGGUCCCUCCUUUGACAAUAGCAUUUGUCCACAACAUAUUCCUGUGCGAGCGUUCAGAAACAACACAGCUCAUUCCAAUGGGUGGUUUGGCCUGUGGGUUUUCACUACUAUUAAGACUAGAGAGGGAGGUGGAUGUGGAUCAACCACACCUGCCAUGUCCCUGUUUGAGUCCCUCACCUCUUGGAAUAAUGAGAAAGGAGCAGAAAUUGUGAACGGUGGAGCGCUGGAGUGUAGGGAUUUUGUGCUGGUAAAUAACAAGUUAGCUGGUUACGAAGGCAAACUUAUCAUUGAGGGAGAACAACUUUUCAAGAAUCUGCUGAUUGUCGGACAUGCUCCAAGCCUAACCCGAACAGAACAGGGCUGUACACGAGCUGCCAUUAUUCUGCCAUAUGGCAAUGGAAUUACCAUUGAUGGAGUCCGAUUUGUAAACUUUGAUGAGAGCAAUUGUGUGGGUUUUGAUUUUGCAAGGAUUGCUGGCACUUGUGCUGUGCAUUGUGGAGGAUUUUAUUAUGAGACAAGAAAUCUCAGGUGGGUGUCUGCUCCAAAUAAAGGCACCUACCCCUGGCCCUGGGCUGGGGUAAUCAGAGACCUGGAUGGAACCCUGAUAGGAGAGACAGGCGAUGCUGCCUCCAUCGCAGCCAAUGCUGGGAAAAGUGUCAGUUCUGCAUCAGAUACCCUACCACCUACGUGUGUCUCCUUUGAUAAAUUCAGCAGUAACCUGAGUGGCAGUAUUCCAGCUAAAGCUUGUCCCCCAGAAGUCAAAUAUCAUCGCUUCUCUUUCAAUAAUAUCAGUCCUGCUUCACUGAAUUUCAAGGAUUUUGUGAUUGUCAAUCGUCAUGGAAACGACUCAAUGCCUUGGAGGAAGAAGGCUAUCACCCACAAGUUGGGGUGGAUGACAGUACUUGUAGAUGGAGAGGACUAUUUCUAUUAUUUUAAGGAUGCUGAUCAGUUGACCAACAUCAGUUAUUCUGGAACAUUUGAUCGCUUUCAAAAGAAUAAUACGGGAGGUUAUGAGUACGUAAUCAUGAGACAGAAGGUUUCGUACAGACCAGACAGGUUUAUGUUGGAUGGCAGCACAAACAUCGAGCCAACCCGGAAUAUUGAUGGCAAUAGUUUUCAUGGCCAGUGGGAGUACCUUAAAAAUGAUAAUGAGAUCAAAUACAUCAUAUCAUCCAGGAAAGCCCCAUCGAGACGUAAGCGCAGUGUUGAUGAUGACAUCACCUACAGUGUAAAUUUCCGGGCCUUUAAGUGUUUCUAUCUGGACUGUAAGGCCCCCGUGGAUCCUAACACUGUCCCUCCCGUCACCACCAGACCUUACGACUUCGAAUAUUGGUCCGACAAGGAGACGUGGAAAAACGCGGAGCCUGGCUGGGGUGGUUAUAUUAGUAAUGGUACUUAUGACCUUCCCAAAGACGGAGAUGAUGUGAAGAUUAAUAAAGAUCAGUGGGUGGUGGCAGACACAGAUCUUCCUGCGAUGGGUAAACUGGUUCUCUACGGUACGCUGGAACUAGACGAUGCUAAUGGAACCAGGAACUUUGUCCUGAACUGUACCUACAUCAUUAUCCUAGGGGGGCGGUUAAUUGUCGGAUGGCCAGACAAGCCUUUCCUGGGUCAGGCUUUGAUUCUGUUGAAUGGAGAACAUUCUACUCCGUCCUAUCCUAUAACUUCUGGACCACAAGUAGGAUCUAAAGCUAUAGGAACAUUUGGUGGACUUGACUUACACGGGAAGGAUGUUGGAACUUCCUGGACGAUGUUGAAGGUUACAGCCAAUCCGGGAGACAAUCAGAUCACCCUGGUCACACCCGUCACAUGGAAAGUAGGCAACGAAAUCGUCAUAGCUCCCACAGAUUUCUCCGUGUGGGAGACGGAAACAUUCAAAAUCACUGCCAUAUCCAGUAAUGGCAUGACCUUGACCCUCAAUAGCACACUGAUGUACAAACAUAUAGCCCACACAGAAACAGCUGGUAACAAGUCAAUGACCAUGGCAGCCGAGGUGGGGCUCCUGACAAGAAAUAUACGAGUGGAGGGGGCCGCCUAUGACAAGUUAUACACCGAGUCAUUCGGAGCCAGAAUUGUGGUGGGGCGGACACAAGACCCUAACAACACUAAUCUUCUAUAUAUAGGUUUUGCACGUAUUUCCAAUGUGGAGUUUUACCACUCUGGACAGGAGGGAUGGGUGGAACCCUUUGACGCCCGAGGCUCCAUCGCCUACAUAGAUGCUGGGACAGUCUCCAAUAUUAAACCCUCCUACGUCAAGAAAUGUGCCUUCCACAAAGGAUUUUCUCCAGCCAUUAUGGCGUAUGGAACUAAUAAUCUACCUAUAGAGGACAAUGUCAUAGCAGACACAGUCUGGUAUGCUGUGGAAUCUAUGAGUGAUGGUUCCAUCAUCAAAAACAAUUUUGUGACCAAGGUACAAUGGGAGGGAUCUUAUCAAGAUCGCAAGGAAACAUCAAACUUCCGAUUCAAUGGGGCCUUUAACCUAGAUAAAGCCACUAACCUGAUCCUACAAGGUAACCAUGUGGGCGGGGCCGAGAGGCUGGGAUUCCGAACUACGGGGGAACCCUGUGAUGUCACUGCCGUCAACCCCUGGAGAGGAAAUGUCGUACACACGGCUCUGGUUGGAGUUGGCUUGUUACCCAUCAAUCCUCUACCAGCUUAUUUAAGUCAGUGUGUGAAGUACUCAUAUUUCACCCUGUGGAAGCUCCUGGACUAUGGCGUUUUCUACAUUGGCAAAGCCAGCCAUUCUGUGGAAAAUUUAAUGGCUGCUGACAAUGGAGUCAGUGUCUUCCAGUUUAUAAUGGGACCAGCCGCCCUGGGGCAUAAUUACGCCAACAAGUACGCCAAAGUGAAGGACUCACUGAUUAUUGGAACCUCAGAUGAGCUGAACUGCUCCACUGCUCAAGGUGAUCAGACAGAUGAUAACAUCGCCAUCAGCCGGGGUAAAAUCCAGUCUCAUAGUUCACCACUCCGCAUUGGGGUCACCAUGCCAACAUUUUCCUCAGGGAGUAAUGCUUGUCCCAACAUGCCUUGCUCUGGUAUAAUGACUUACCAGGCCAUCAAGGGAAUAUGCCAUCUCCAAGAUGUGACAUUUUCAAAGUUUUCCAAUAAAUGCAACAGUCAAGGCGACCGAGCUGUUGCCCCAAAUAAAAAGAAUGAUGAUGGAAACCACCCCUUUAUAACCGAGAGGAUUCAGUUUUACAACAUGGAGGAGGACAAUAAGAUUAUCUAUUGGAGAUCAGAUAUUGGUAAGAUAAAUUCUGCUGACUGUGUGGACAUGGCCUGUGAUGCUAAGGUGAAGUGUCUGCUUCAGGAUCUAGAUGGAACCUUUCUGAACUCCUCUGGAUUUAUCAUUCCACAAUCAGAAUAUGAAUGGAAUGGAAAUCCCCAAAUGGGAUUAGGGGAUUACAGAGUUCCAAAGGAGAUGCUAGUGAGAGCCAAUGGAAGCCGAAUUCCAGUCAAUGAGAUAGCACCUCACAAAGUUUCUGUUUCAGGGAAGGAGUAUUUGUUGCAUUACACAAGUGUUUCUCCUCAGAAGUCCCGCUUCUUCUUGCUGGAUGCCAGGCCAGACGAGUGUAUCGCUCUGUCUGUCUGGUACUCCCAGCCCUGGAGACUAGACGUCUACCACAACGGAGCGUUUAUAAUGCCCCCCAAUGCCAGGUUUGCUGGGGAGGACAACCGAUAUGUUAUUGACCCCCCUCCUGUUGGACAGCCAGAUUUCUACAAACCAAACGUAACAGGGUGUCAGCAGAAAUCUGGACUGAGUUACUUUAAUCGGGAUUCUGGGAUCAUCACUUUGUUGAUCAAAGGUCCUGAGCCCGUGGAAAUAAUCACAGUAAAGACUGUAAUGGUGUCCUUCCAGAUUCCAGCAAUGCCAACAUCUGAAUUUUAUGGAGACAACAUUGUUAGGAACUUGGCAAGCUUUUUGAAUAUUGAUGAAAGUCGAGUACGCAUCACUAAUAUUGUGCGAGAAACAUCCUCCUCUUCAGGUGGUCGUAGAAAGAGGUCGACUGAUGUUGUGACUGGUGUAGAGGUUGAAAUCAGUAACCCUCCUACACAGGAGGUAAAUUCCACUGCUGAGGCAGGAGAUCUGUCUUCUGAUCAGCUACAGAACAUCACUACGACGAUAGUGAAUGAGGUGCAGCUAGGCACUACGUUACGUAGCAUGGUUAACAUCACCAGCGCAUCAAUAUCUGAACCCCCACCUGACCCUGAUGACCCCAACUGGCGUAAUAUGGCAGAGGACACCAGCGAGACGCGUUAUCAGGAGCUGGCCCAGCCCUCAUUGAUGAGGCUCUUCACCCCCGUUAUACCCAUACAUGAAGGAGCCGCGUUCUCAAGCCAACCCAAACUGCAGGUCUAUGAUGCUAAUGGAAAUGUAGUCAGCAAGCUUGGUACCAAUGUAAACCCCUGGGAGAUCACUGCGACCCUGAGGAAUGGUACUGGUGACCCUGCAGCCCAGCUACUGGGCACCAGGACUGCCAAAUACAGCAAUGGCUGGGCCAACUUUACUGACCUGGCCAUCAGUCACAUGGGCACAGACUACAUCAUUGACUUCAAUGUGACUUACCCGAUCAUGGCAAGCUUCUCACUGUCUUCUGCUAAUAUAUCUGUGGCACCGCGGAUGAUUGUGGUGGAUAUUAUCAACAUAACCUCGGAUCCGCUGGAAAACUCUUACAUGACAGUGGAUCUAGAGCUUCGUGAUAAAGUCACAUCUGAAGUCAUCAAACAAGUCAACUGGAGGAACCAUAAAUGGAUUGUAAACGUAGAGCUGGGAGGACAGUCCUACUACUGCGGGUUACUGAGUGGUAACACCAACACUACCUUUGAUGACAACAGUGGUAUGGCCACGCUCUCAAACUUCAGCUUUAAUGUCCAGGGAAUGGUGGUCCUGAAGAUAACCGUGACCUCUGACCCCCCGGAGUACACACUGGUGAUAGAGACUCUCAUUCAUAUCCAGAAAUUACAACAGAUCCAGUUCUUCAAAAACAGCUCUCAGGACAUUCAGUUGAAAUUUGAUGCUAAUUAUGAUACUGUGGUGGGGACUCGAUACUUACUUCACUUCCAGGCGAUGAUGGGCAAUUUCUUGUCUGGUCUCUACCCUGACAUUGUGCUGAAUUCUGUCAAGAUUUACAGAGGUAGUAUUUUGGUCACGUUCCAGGUGUCGGGGACUACCAGCAUGAUGAAUACUACCGUUUCUUCUCUGUGUGGUGCAGUGGAGAACAAAACCAGCUUUAACUUCCGCGGAACUUCCCUGACACUGGACAAUUAUCUCUCCGUGGAUGGGGAGAAUUACUACGGAACAAAAUGUGCCCCUAUUGAGGAAGUUACCGAGGAGGUGACAUUAAAUCCUACGAAACCUACUGAGGAAGUUACUGAGGAGGUGACAUUUAAACCUACGAAACCUUCAGAGAAAGAUUUCUUUACAAUGGGAGUAUACAUCGCCAUAGCUUUGGUGGGGGCUGCAUUGUUAGUGAUGAUUAUAGCCCUUGUAGUCUGGAAGGUGAAGGUCGCCCCCAAGUCUCGGACACACUGUAUCACAUCCCCUGAGUAUUUCACCAAGACGGAGAGCGUGGAGGUGUUAAGAGCAUCCAAGUUAGACGAUUCGGUUCUCUGCUUUGAGAACGAGAGUUAUGAGGAAGUUCCACCAGCCGAUACGUCAUUCAGCACAUUCAACAGAGACAGUGCCUCUUCUGCUGACACAAAAUCGGAGAGUAAAAAGUGAAGCAAAACAGGGAUUAUUGGAGAGAAAGUGGUUUGAAGAACAAUUGUGCUUACAUGUAGAUUCUGUUUGUUUCGUCAGAUUGAAUGAACAUUGCCUUACAUGACAAAUUCUCAUUUUAUCUUUUGUCAAGUAAACUUACAGGUUUUGAACAUGACAGAGUAUACAUACACAAAGCACAGAAAAUACAUAUCACUUUUGAUAAAUCUUGUUUGGUUGAAAGAAAUGAGAUUUUUGGGGGGGGGGGGGGGUCAC